AUAAUUGAGCCUCCUCUUUUUGCCCAAUUGUUUGACUCGUCACCUAACACUCUUCUUUCUCAACAACCUUUGCAGCAAAACAAAUCUGGACGACAAUGGCAGAAGCAACAAAGUAUGCAGUUGUGACUGGAGCAAACAAAGGGAUUGGAUUUGAGGUAGUAAGGCAGUUAGCUUCAAAUGGCAGCAGCAGCACCAUCAAAGUGGUGCUAACAGCUAGAGAUGAGAAAAGGGGCAUUGAAGCUGUCGACAAACUCAUCAAAGAAUUUGGUCUCUCUGCAGGCAAUGUGUUUUUUCAUCAGCUUGAUUUAACAGACCCUGCCAGUGCUUCUACUCUGGCCGAUUUCGUCAAAACCCAAUUCGGAAAGCUUGAUAUCUUGGUGAACAAUGCUGGUAUCAAUGGAGUCAUCUUUGAUCCUACCGUUCCAUUUGAUAUACAUCUUUCAGCUGAAGGAGGGACUACUGUGAGAAAUAUGAAAGAAAUUGCAACUCACACUUAUGAUUUAGCACAAGACUGCCUCAACACUAACUACUAUGGCACUAAAAGAGUCACCGAAGCGCUUAUUCCGCUCCUCAAGUUAUCCGAUUCUCCGAAAAUCAUAAAUGUUUCCUCUAUCGCCGGCCUGUUGAAGUCCAUACCAAAUGAAGAGAUUAGAGCAGUAUUCAACAACAUUGAAAGCCUGACAGAGAAGAAAAUACAUCUUCUGCUUAGUGAUUUUCUCAAAGAUUUCAAAGAGGGUUCUUCAGAAACCAAAGGCUGGCCAACCGUUCUUCCUGCAUAUCAAAUGUCCAAAGCAGCACUCAAUGCCCACACAAGGUUACUUGCCAAGAAUUACCCAGACAUCUGCAUCAAUUGUAUUUGUCCUGGCAUUGUCAAAACAGAUAUGAACCGUGGAAGUGGCAUUUUAACUCGUGAAGAAGGCGCUGCGGGUCCUGUGAAGUUAGCGCUACUGCCUAAUGGAAGCCCUUCUGGCCUCUUCUUUGCUGACGGAAAAGUUUCAUCGUUCUGAAUGUGAUAAUGUUGAAGAUAGAAGUUUAGAAAAAUAAGACGUGUAAAUGAUUUUCCAUUGUUCUAAAUAUAUAUGUUAUUGUUGUGAUAUGUAUGAACUAUGAAGUACAUAUAGUAUGUAUAUGAUGUUUGCCGAGGAUGGAUGGAUUGGAAAAAUGAUUAAUGUGCUAA